AUGGGAACAAUGCAGUUAAAGAUGCUGAAACUUUUGCUUCUAUUGACCAUCACAGAGAUAUGCACGGCUCAGAACGACAUCACGCUGUCAGAGUUUACUGUGUCAUCGAGGAGUAUAGCCGUGCAGUGGAGCUUCCCCGCUGAUGCCAGCUCCUACAAGCUCACAGCGACCCCCAAGAACACUCCAGAGCAACCGGUCUUCGCCCAAUUCAGCGGCAACACAGUCAUAGGCUCAGUUAACUCCCUGUCACCAAACACAGUGUACACCGUGACGUUAGAAGCCAUGGACAAUGAUGGCAAUGUCCUCAGCAGUGCAGAGAUCGAAGUACUAACAGCUCCUGAGGUGCCCAGCAUUGAGAAGGCCUACUCCAAAAACAGCGACAGCAUCACUGUUGAGUUCACAGAGGUUGCCGGGGCGACCGGCUACAUCCUGAGGGCAGAGUCGAAGUCAGGUGAUUUCUUCUCUGAGACCAGUGUGAGCGGCUCUCCGGGCACCGUGAUGGAGCUGCAGCCCUACACAGACUACAUCCUGAGCGUCAUAUCCGUCAACGCCUGGAGGAGGAGCCAACCCUCACUACCUGUUGAGAUCAGGACAGUGGUGAUGGCCCCCGUUCUGGAGGCGUCCUCCCCCACCAACGUCACCAUCAAUGUGACUUGGCCUCGUGUGGAGCACGCCGUGUUCUACACGCUCUGCAUCAUCCAAGAGGGCUCCAGCAUCCGCCUCAAACGCAACACCACCGACACCAUGACGGUUUUUGACAACCUCGAACCAGGAACUCGUUACUGCAUCAAGGGCACAGCCUGGGACUCUGAGGGUCGUACUGGUGACGACAACACUGUCUGCCAGAUCACACGUCCUUCAAGCCCAAAUGUGACCCUCGUCACGGUGACUCAGGGUCGGUCUCUUGGGAUCACUGUGCACUGGUUGUCAGUGCAGGGUGCGGACGUCUACGUGGCCUUGACGUCCAACGGCCAGAACUGUUCUUCAGUUAACAGACAACCAUCAGACAACCACUGUUACAUUAUACCUGCAGAGUGCGGCCAGAGCCGCUCCGUUACUGUCAUAGCCUAUAACAAAGCUGGACCCAGCAGUCCUUCAGAUCCAUUUAACUACAUUACAUACCCAUGUCCUCCAGAGAACAUCUGGGUGGAGGAGCCCACAGCCGGUAACUGCUCUGUGAUGUGGGACGAUGUGCCGCUGGUGGAGCACUACGUCGCUUACAUUAAAAGGGACGACGGGGCAGAGGAGUCGUGCAAUACCACCGAGACAACCUGCCAGUUCUUCUGCAUGUGUGGCUACACCUACCUCACCAGCGUAAUACCCUACAACCACGCCGGCUCCAGCCCUUAUGCGCACGUCCGCAACUACACCACCAUUCCUUGUUGUCCACAUGAUGUUACCAUCAAGCUGGUUUCUACCGAGACCCUGGAGAUCAUGUGGUCGCCUGUCAGAGGGUCCGAGCUGUACAAGACGACAGCAGCGGAGACUUACGGCACCGUCCACUGUAACGACACAUCACCGGUGUGUGCGCUCUCAGAUCUGAGGUGCAACACAGCUUACUCUGUGACCGUGACGCCGUGCAGCGAGUUGCAAGGAUGCAACAGCACCUGCACAGCACAGAGACAUGAGACAGCUCCCUGUACUCCAGAGAUCUUGGAUAUGAAGCAGAUCAGCAACUCCACGUACAAAGUCCUCAUCAGCACCCCCAACAAGCAAGAUACAAAUUAUACCAUCACUGCCACCGGACACUAUGACAGACACACUUGCCACACGGCAGGCAACUACUGUGAGCUCACACAGCUGCCCUGCGGCUCCACUUAUGAAGUCGUAGCAGUGGCCACCUCAGCAGCGGGGAAAAGUCUGCCUGGAUUCAGUAAACCUUUGGAAACAGGUCCUUGCUGCCCAAUGUUUGUGAACGUGAGCCAGGUCACCCAGGCGAUGACCAACAUGACCUGGUCACCCGGCCACGGAGCUCGCUCCUACAUUGCCGCCCUGACGUCCCCUCGAGGACACGCCAAAUGCCACACUCUGGACACGCACUGCCUGAUGGGAUGCAUCACCUGUGGCACCAACUACAGCGUCCACCUGGAAGCCAUCAGCAGCUCGGGGCACAAGUCAGAGUGCUUAUAUCAAGGAUUCUCAUCCAGUGCCUGCUGCCCAACAGGCGUCAAGCUCUAUCGCAAGAACAACAACUUCCUCAGGGUGUACUGGCGUUCUUCGGGCCCUCAGGUCUAUAAUCACACAGUAGAGCUGUACGGAACAAAAGCCAACAACACCUGCAUGGCAGCUGCAGGCAGCAUGCACUGCGACAUGAAGGAGGGCCCGUGUGGGGAAGUCUACACGGUGGUGGUGGCACCAGUGGGUCACGAUGGAGUCAAAGUCAUCCUCUGUCAGGCCAGGAUGUACUCAGUUCCCUGCCCAGGAAGCAAUGCAGGCAUGCUGAUCUCUCGUCGAAAACGAAGUGUGAAUUAAAAGUGUGAACACCUGCCACCACUGACACAAGAAGAAGAAGA